AUGAGGAAAACCGCCAUUUUCUUCCUCAUAUUUGCAGUUUACCAUCUCCGAUGCAACACUACUAUGUCGGAGCAGCAGCCUUAUCGGACGGCCUUUCACUUCCAGCCUCCUCAAAACUGGAUGAACGAUCCUAAUGGACCAAUGUACUACAAUGGAGUCUACCACCUCUUCUAUCAAUACAACCCAUCUGGUCCACUCUUUUCCGAUCAAAUGUAUUGGGCACAUUCUGUAUCCUAUGACUUGAUAAACUGGAUCCCUCUAGACCUCGCCUUUUCCCCCACCGAAUCCUUCGACAACAACAGUUGCUGGUCUGGUUCCGCCACUAUCCUCCCCGGGAACAAGCCUGUGAUGUUGUAUACAGGAAUUGACUCUGAAAACCGCCAAGUCCAGAACAUGGCCGUCCCAAAGGACUUAUCUGAUCCCUAUCUUAGAGAAUGGAUAAAGUACACUGGCAAUCCGAUCAUAAACCUUCCUGAUGGGAUUCAACCGGAUGACUUCAGAGACCCAACCACCGCUUGGCUCGCCGAAGACGGGAAAUGGAGAAUAAUUGUGGGAAGUCAGAAAGACAAGAUGGGGAUCGCGUUUCUGUACCAAUCUGAGGACUUCGUUAAUUGGACUAAAUUUGAUUCGCCACUUCAUAAGGUUUCAGGAACUGGGAUAUGGGAAUGUCCUGAUUUCUUUCCGGUGUGGAUUGAUAGCAAGAAGGGGGUCGAUACAUCUGUCAUGAACCCAAGAGUAAAGCAUGUGUUGAAGGUGGGAUUGUUUGAUUAUGCCAAAGAUUUCUACAUGAUCGGGAAUUACAGUCCUGAGAAGGAAAAUUAUGUUCCUCAAAACGAAUUAACGCUAAGUACUUUGAGGUAUGAUUACGGGAAGUACUAUGCUUCAAAGUCAUUCUUCGACCCUGUGAAAAACCGAAGGGUCUUGAUGGCUUGGGUGAAUGAGUCUGAUUCUCAAGCAGAUGAUAUCGCUAAAGGAUGGUCCGGACUUCAUUCAUUUCCAAGGAGUCUUUGGCUGGACCAAAACCAGAAGCAGCUCGUACAGUGGCCUAUCGAGGAAAUCGAAAUGCUGCACGAGAACGAAGUUAGUAUUCUUGAUAAGAAGCUUGAAGGUGGAUCAUUACAUGAAGUUGUGGGCAUAACUGCUUCUCAGGCUGAUGUGAAGAUUUCAUUCAAACUAAGUAAUUUAGAAGAAGCCGAAGAACUGGACCCAAGUUGGAUUGAUGAUCCGCAGCUUACCUGCAGCGAAAAGGAUGCAUCAAACAAAGGCCAAUUCGGACCAUUUGGACUGUUAGCUUUGGCUUCCAACGACUUAACUGAACAAACUGCAAUCUUCUUUCAAGUUUUCCAAAAUAACGGACGUUACGUUGUGCUAAUGUGCAGUGAUCAAAGCCGGUCUUCUACAAAGAGUGGGAUUGACAAAACUACUUACGGAGCAUUUGUGGACAUAGAUCCUCAACAAGAUGAAAUUUCACUGAGAACCUUGAUAGAUCACUCGAUCAUUGAGAGCUUUGGAGGAGGAGGAAAGACAUGCAUUACAGCUAGGGCUCACCCAACAUUGGCCAUCGGAAAAGAAGCUCGGCUGCUCAUCUUUAACAAUGGAACAGAAAGUGUUGUGAUCUCAAAGCUGAGUGCUUGGAGUGUUAAGAAAGCUCUAAUCAACGUUGAAGAAAGUAUAAGCUGCACAGAUCAAUAAUCUGAUUCAUGAAACAUCUUCGUAUUAAGAGUCCAUAGUGAGAGCUUGCAGGCCACUACAAAUUCCCCUUAAGGUGAAAUUUAAAUAUUUGGUUUGUAUCCUUUAUCAAUUCAGCUACACUUAAUUUUAUUUUUAUGUAACAAAAGCAGUUAUUUAGCAUCUU